UAGGGAGGAAUCAUGGAAACACUCCAAGAGCAUUCAAUGCUCUUUGCACUCGAGGAUUUCCAGGAGACCUUAAAGUCAAGAUUUGGCAACCUCAAGUCUCCUUUGGCUGCCUCAAAUCCAGCUGCAAUCUCAGCAGCCUAUGUGGGGAAAUUACAUCGGGUUCCACCUGCCUUCGUCUUUGUCUUCCCACAUGGGAGACACGAAUGCCAAGCCAACAGAUUCUCCUCGUUCCCAAUUCUGUUAUGUCGACAGUGCUGCCCAAAAUUCACAUCCUUAUCCGCCAGUUCUACGUGACUGCUACGGCAGCUUCAGGUGCUCAGAUGCCAAAAUUAAUUUUAAAAACUUCACGACCGCUACACCCAUUUUCCACUAUAUAUAAUUCGAUAUUUCCGUUACCGUUACCGCUACCGCUACCGCUAUUUAAAAUCUUGACACCGGCGGCGGUGCCAGAGAACCACCUUAUUAAUUUUCGUUUACGUCAGCAUGAGGUCAUCCUUUCACGUCAUCCCCUUUACGUCGUAGUCCGUAGCAAGCUAGCUCACAAGCUUAACCUAAUCCGUUUAUAUAGUUGUAUAUUGAUACAGAUGAUGAGAACAACAAUAAUAACCAUCCCCCCUACCCGAACAAGAAAGAAAAACAAAAAAUCGAGCCAAAAUCAGUAGAAUGCGUGGGAGGAUGCUCCCUGCCGCCGGAGAUAUGCAGUCGGCGGCGUUGACACUGUUCUCCACGUACGCCUCGUUUGCAGGCUCGAUGAUGCUGAUCCGGUCUAUGGCCAACGAACUGGUUCCAAGACCGGUGCGAACCUACCUUCAGUCGGUUAUCCACUCCUUCUUCUCUAACCAUAUCACCGUUAAAGUGCACGAGCACCUGAACGGUGGGAUGAUUCGAAACCAAAUUUAUGACGCUGCCGAGGUGUACCUACGCACCAAGAUCAGCCCCAACACCAAACGCUUCAGCAUCGGCAAGACUCCCAAGCAGAAGAGCCUCAGCAUUAGCCUCGAAAAAGGCGAGGAAAUACUCGACAGGUUUGUUGAUGAUAUGGAGCUCAAGUGGAUGAUGUCUAUCGAGUCUCAGAAGAACUACGGGAAUGAGAAGCGGCUUUUCGAGCUCACCUUCAAUAAAAAAUUCAUGGACAGGGUUUUGCAAGACUAUGUGCCUUUUGUUUUGGCCAAGUCUAAGGAAAUCACGGACAAGGACGACAAGGUGGUUAAGCUUUACACGAGAGCCGGUAUUCCUGGCGACGAUGAUGGCCGUCGUGGUGGUGGACAAGGGGGUUGGGGUUCGAUCAAUCUUGAUCAUCCGGCCACGUUUGAGACGCUGGCGAUGGACCCUGAGUUAAAGAAGACCAUAAUUGAUGACUUGGAGAGAUUUUUGAAGAGGAAGGAUUUCUACAAGAAGGUAGGCAAGGCUUGGAAGAGGGGUUACUUGUUGUAUGGCCCUCCUGGUACUGGUAAAUCAAGCUUGAUCGCCGCCAUAGCGAACUAUCUUAACUUUGAUAUCUACGAUUUGGAGCUUACAAGUUUGCGCUUUGACUCGGAACUCAGGAGGAUACUUGUGUCCACCACCAAUCGAUCCAUCCUUGUAAUUGAAGAUGUUGAUUGCAGUGUGGAGAUGCAAGAUCGGCGAUUAGGGGUUGAGCAACCAAAUGAUCGCCGCAGUAAGUUGACGCUCUCAGGUUUAUUGAACUUCAUAGAUGGUCUAUGGUCAAGCUGUGGGGAUGAGCGGAUCAUCAUUUUUACCACCAACUACAGAGACAGGCUUGACCCUGCUCUAUUGCGCCCCGGUCGCAUGGACAUGCACAUACCCAUGUCCUAUUGCACCGGUCAAGGAUUCAAGUUCCUAGCUUCCAAGUACCUCGGUCUCCAUGAUCACCACAUGCUCUUUGGUAAGAUAGAAGGCCUAAUCGAGAAGGUAGAGGUCACCCCUGCUGAAGUUGCAGAGGAACUUAUGAAGAGCGAGGAUGCUGAUAUUGCUCUUGCUGGAGUUGUCAAUCUUCUCAAGCGCAAGAAGAUGGAAGGCAAUGAAAUUGAGGAAGUUGAAGGGUGUGAAACAAAAAGGUUCAAAAUAGAAGAAAUAGGAGGAAGUUUGUAAGAAACAGUGGAGGAAGGGCUAUUAGAGGAGAUGGAUCGAGGAAAAGUGAACGUACGCUAGCUAGUUAAGAAAUGAGUGUAAUAGACGUUGCUUUUAUUAUUUUCUUUUAGUUUUGCAGUGAAGUAUCUAUUUUUACUUAAUACAUGAAGCCGUAUGUGAGCUCCAUAAGUAUCACAAUCAUUGACUAUUCAAUCAAGGGUUAAUUGCAUUAUCCCAUUAAAAUCA